CGGCGAGCGAGCUCCGCCUCCCCGGGGCCGCGGGCCGGGCUCAGCCUCCGGCUCGGGCCUUGCCUGCUCGGGCCUGGCCGCGCCGGGAGAAGCGGCGAUGGAGGCUGCGGGCGGCGGCGGAGCGGCGGGCGGCAUCGCCCUGCACGACUUUAGCGGGCAGCUGGGCGAGCAGCGGGUGCACUUCCACGCCAUGCGGCUGCGGGACUCGCUCUUCCUCUGGGUGGGCGCCGCGCCCGCCCUCGCCAGCCUGGCCGUCGCCAUGUGCAGCCCCCGUGACAGCAUCCCGGUGGCCGCCUCGCUCCUGGGGGACCCCUCGGACACCGCCUCCUCCUGCCUGGCGCAGCGUUUGGCCAGCAAGACCAAAAAGCAGAUAUUUGUCAGCUACAAUCUUCAAAACACAGACAGCAAUUUCACCUUACUCAUAGAAAACAGGAUCAAAGAAGAAAUGACAGCUUUUCCAGAGAAGUUCUGAUUGUGCAUCAUUGUAAAAGAAGAUGAAGGUUUUAUUUCAGAAAAACUGAUUGCAAUUUUCACACUGACAUUAAGUUAGUAUAUUUCUUUUGUAUUAUUUUGAUUGAAUUUGUGGUUGUUAUUAAAUAUAGAUACACUUGA